UGACAGAGGCUAGCAGAUAGCGUUUUUAGCAACACAAGUCGAAAGUUUACCUCCAUUGUAACUUCUGAUUCAUCCGCAGUACGCAAACACGGUCGAGGUAAGUUAUUUGCAUAUUGGCUUGUUCACUUGGUUUUCGCGCUGUAACUCUUGAAUGCAGUGAACUUGCCAAAUUUAAAAUCAAGCCAUGGUAGCGUUGAACCCGUUGCUGUUGGUGUUGUUGUUUGGCCGGCUUGUUGCAUGUGCAGACAGAAAACGUGGUAACAGACAGACACACAAACACACACACACACUUAAAACCAAGUAUGGUCACCCCCGAUGCUCAUGCACACCGAGAGCUAACAAGAUCUAGAAAUCGGAAAAAAUAUUUGAAUGUUCUAGCAUUCAAGCUAUGAAAUAUCAAAAAUCUGAAAACCUCCUUAACUCUUAUAAUUAUUUUUAUCUGACGAAUGUUGUAACCAUAUUUUUCGUUGCAUAAAGUUGAUAUAGUUGGUGCCAGAGUGUUUCUGUAGCUUCACGUAUGUAUAUCACUGUAUCUGUAAAACUUAUCUGUAGCUCUUACUUGUGUGUUACGUAAUUAAGCAAGUUUUUGUAUCUACAUUAUGAGAUUAUGUGCAAAGAUUUUUUUUUAGGAUUUAUACUAGGGAUCAUCGGGUGCCUGACCGAUAUUACAUUAAUGACCAGUUAGCUGGUUUUUAUGCACAUUUAACUGGAUGUGUGUAUUGUUAUAACUUAUCCUUCAGUUGAAUUUGUUGUGAAGGAGACACCAGUAAAGAAGCAAGUUGAAAACUACCGGCGAUAUAAGCUGCAGCGCUUGAGGUCCAAGAUGGAUGUCAGUGAUGCUAAAGUAGUAGAUGUUGUGGAAGAGUCUCCCAGAAGAUCAUUCUACUCAUCUUCAUCAAGAAAGAGACCUUCUACAUCUCACAUGAAAGAACUUUUGGAAGGAAGAAUAACACAAGCGGUCGGAAAUAUGACUCAAGGUAGUUGGAAGCCUGAAGCUUCCAUCCAUUGCCCAUCUUCCUAUGACAACGAGAAUCCCUUAAUUGAGGAAACCAACAUUGUUGCCGAGUCUCCGUCAUCUUCUGAUUGGCAGAGUACAAAAAACAACAGUACUUUGCUACAAACUACAAUAACAAGUGACGAUCCAUCUGUGUUUGGGGACUCCGCCUCUAUGGUUGCAUUUGCACUCAGCACACCAACAAAAGAUGACAAGUUUAACUUUGAAAAUGCUCUUGACACAUUUUAGAUCAUUAUUUCUGUGUGCCUAACUUAUAUAUUAGUCAUUCUUUGCUGUGCUCAAGCUUAAUUUGCGGACUCGCAAUUUUAUGAGUGCAGCCUGAUUCAUUCUCUCGGAUUAGAUCCCAGUUGUAAUUU